AUGUCGACGGAAAACCAGCUCGCGACUCGCUUGAGCAUCGAAUCAGUGAGAAUUAUGGCCGAGUCUAUCGGGGUGACGGCCUUGUCGCAAGAGACUUACCAAGAAGUGUCGGAAGACGUAAUAUACCGAUUAAGGGUAAUUUUACAAGAGGCUUCGAAAUUCGUCUCUCACGGGAAACGCAGGAAGCUUCUGGCAUCGGAUUUGGACAGUGCCCUCAGAAUGAAAAACGUCGAGCCUCUGUACGGAUUCAGUGACCCGCACUUUAUCCCGUUCCGUUUCGCGAGCGGUGGAGGUCGGGAAGUAUAUUUUCGAGAAGAUAAAGAGAUAGAUCUCUCCCUUUUGAAGAUGUCAGCUCCCCUUCCGAAACUCCCCUUGGACAUUUCGAUAAAGGCGCAUUGGCUGGCCAUCGAAGGGAUACAACCAACUGUUCCGGAGAACCCCCCGCUUGAACCCAGAAAUCAGCAGAAACAGGGCAGUCUUGAUCCUUUUUCGAUAAUGCAAGAGGCUAGACAGAGCGGCAAACCCCCCAGGCACUUCGAGACGGUCUGCGUCAAACAGCUUGCCACCCACGAGCUCUCCGUUGAGCAGCAGCUGUACUACAAGGAGAUCUCAGAGGCGUGCGUUGGAUCCGAUGACUCGAGGCGCGCAGAAGCGCUGGUAUCCCUGAGCUCAGAUACGGGUCUGCAUCAGAUGCUCCCUCGUUUGUGCACAUUCAUUUCCGAGGGAGUCAAGCUCAAUGUCGUUCAAAACAACCUCGCCUUCCUCAUCUACCUCAUACGUAUGAUCAAGGCUCUCCUCGACAACCAGAACCUCUACCUUGAAAAGUAUCUCCAUGAACUCAUACCAGCGGUCGCGACGUGCAUCGUGAGCAAGCAACUCUGCAUGCGUCCAGAGGUCGAUAAUCAUUGGGCUCUCCGAGACUUCGCUUCGAGACUGAUGUCUCAGAUUUGCAGAAACUACAACACGUCUACGAAUGGAAUCCAGACUCGCAUUACGCGAAUUCUUAGCAAGGUGCUCUCCAACGACCACAUGCCUUUGACGGCGAUGUACGGAGCGGUGUCCGCGGUUGGAGAACUCGGCUCCGAAGUCGUCCGCAGUCUGCUCAUACCUCGCGUCAAAGAAAUCGGAGACAGACUACAACGGUGUCUGGAAGAUCCAGGAGCACCACCGGAAGAGAUGAAAGCCGCCGAGCAUAUGAAGCAGGUUCUCCAACGUGUUUUAAGUCCAGUGCUCAAAUCAAUCCGACGUCCGCCCGAUGACCUCGAUCAGUACAAUGCCGAGUUUGGAUACAUCGGACAGUUUCUGCACGCCCAGGUACAACGACUUCGGCAAACGCCGGUAGCUGCGAACGGAGUACAAAAGAAGAUCGGCGGAGGAACGUCUCAGGGCUCCCCAAACCCUCAAGCGAUGAGACUCGACGAACGUAAGAUGCUGGCGAAAGACCGCCAAUCGAGUCAGUUGAGCAUCGAAUCUGUGAAGAUGAUGGCCGAGUCCAUUGGGGUUACAGCCUUGCCGGAAGAUACUUGUAGGGAAAUUUCGGAAGACGUCACUUACCGACUUCGGGUCAUUUUACAAGAGGCGGUCAAGUUCACCCGUCACGGAAAGCGCAAGAAGCUCCUCACAUCGGAUCUAGACAGUGCGCUCAGAGUGAAGAACGUCGAGCCAUUGUAUGGAUUCACGGACCCGCAUUUCAUUCCGUUCCGAUUCGCAAGUGGUGGCGGCCGCGAACUAUAUUUCCAUGAAGAGAAGGAAAUUGAUUUGAAUGAAUUGGUGACCUUACCCCUGCCUAAACUUCCGUUGGACGUUUCGAUAAAAGCGCAUUGGCUCUCUAUCGAGGGAACACAGCCCACGGUGCCGGAGAAUCCUCCACCCGUUCCUAAGGAUCAGCAGAAACAAGAGAGUCUCGACCCGCUCUCGAAAAUGUGCAAGCCCCAACAGGCGGAGCGGACCGCGAAGCACGUCGAGACGGUCCGCGUCAAGCAACUCGCCACCCACGAACUCUCCGUGGAACAGCAACUGUACUACAAGGAGAUCACAGAGGCAUGCGUGGGCUCCGACGACUCGAGACGGGCAGAAGCUCUACAGUCCCUCAGCUCGGACCCGGGUCUCCAUCAGAUGCUCCCUCGUUUGUGUACAUUUAUUUCCGAGGGGGUCAAAGUCAAUGUCGUCCAGAACAACCUCGCCUUCCUCAUCUAUCUCAUACGUAUGGUCAAGGCUCUCCUUGAUAACCAGUCACUGUAUUUAGAAAAAUAUCUCCAUGAGCUCAUACCUUCGGUUGCGACGUGCAUCGUCAGCAGGCAACUCUGCACGCGUCCUGAGGUCGAUAAUCAUUGGGCUCUCAGAGACUUCGCCUCGAGAUUGAUGUCUCAGAUUUGUAAAAACUUCAACACGUCGACCAACGGCAUCCAGACUCGCGUCACGCGAAUUUUCAGCAACACCCUGUCGAACGACCGCAUGCCCUUGGCAUCAACUUAUGGCGCGGUUUCCGCGAUCGGGGAGCUGGGCACCGAAGUCGUCCGUAGUCUACUCAUACCUCGAAUCAAGGAGAUCGGAGAUCGGCUCAAAAGGUGUUUGGAAGAGCCCGGAGUCGUAUCGGGUGAAAAAAAGGCUGCCGAGCAUACGAAACAAAUUCUUCUGCGCGUUGUGACACCGGUAUUGAAAUCGGUCCGUCAACCGCCCGAUGACCCGGAUCAGUACAACGCUGAAUUUGGAUAUCUCGGACAGUUUUUGCACCCUCAGGUACAUCGACUCCGACAGACGGCCGCAGCCAGCUCUGCUGCGAGCGGAGUGCAGCGUUCGACCGUAGCCCUAUCCCAAACGCCCCGAGCGGCUCCUCUCAGCGGGGUGACGCCCCGAACGACAACCCUACUCGCGAACACCGUGCAACCUGGAGCCCAGAAGUAUGUCAUCAUGACGCAAGGCACAACCCAACGAACUACCUCACAGGGUCCUCGCCCCGGACAGCAGAUUGUGCGAGUUGUACAAGGUACGACGGGUACGCAGGUGAAAGCAGCGACCACACCAACGUUGGCGGGAGCUACGAAAGUUGUAGUCAUGGGAGGUCAACAGAAGCAGGUCCAGUAUGUGAUGCAGAAGAGUUCUCCGGGUCCCCAAACUUCUACGGAAAUUCACGAGAUCAAGCACGAAAUGCCGUAGACAACUCGGAGUGAUUUAGUUAAAAUAAGGUAAUUGAUUCACGGAAGGAUGAGACAUCGGAGAUCCUCGGCCAGUGUCAGAGAGGAUCGAUCGCAUCGCUCCUCGCGUUGAGAAAGUUUUCAGGACUGUCCAAAUGUGACGGGAAUUGAGAAAGCAAAGACAGCUCGUGUUCACUCUCGUAAUUUGUGUGGCCUCCAAGGGAGGA